GCAGACUUCCUGCUGCCAAAGACGGUUCGUGGAGCUUCAUGUGCCGCCACAGUGCGAGCGGCACUGGAUGAUAUUGGACUCCGCCCGGAGGUUGUACACUUUGUUGGAGUGGGCGAUGCUGAGCGAUCACUGGAUUUCGAGGUGCUGAGCAAAGGCCUUCCUCCAGGGGCACGAGUAGUCUUGGUAGGGCCACAUGCAGCCGGCGCCCGGAUGGAACCCAAAGAGGAACUCCGUGGGCCGGUUUCUGUGGCCGGGCUCCAGGUGUCCGUUUUCCCACAAACCUACCAGCGCUUCCUGAUCCAUGCUCAGGAGCUGGAGGCUCCACAGCUGGUUGUUCUUUUCCAUCCAGGCCUCGAUGUGCAUUACUUCACCUGGUACCCAUGUUUGAGGCACUGGGCGGAGACGAGGGUGCCGGUGCUCCUCACUGCCUACCGGGUGCCCGGAGGUCUCGGCGAAACGCCGCAGACAGUGCAAACCUUCCUUGAGACGCUUGUGGGCACCGGAGGAGGUGCCGGCUUAUGGGUCAUCGAG